AUCUGCGUGAAGUCGUGCCCUUAUCUCAUUUCCCCACCACCACCCCCGUCCCUGAAAUGGGGCUCUCCUCGCGGGGCACUGUGAAAAAUAAAAGUGAAAUGAUGACGGCGGAAGCCCUUCGCCGACCCAGAAGGUGCUAGAGAGAGACGGAGAGACAGGCAGGACCCCCUGACGAUGAGGAUGGUGAGGAGGAUAACGACGUCCCUGGCUGGGAAAGGGAAAGGGCAAACUAGUGACUCUAGAAAGCGGCCUUGGCUGCCAUCUUGCUUAUGGGCAACGGUGUCCAGAGUGUCGAGUGAGGGCAACUGAGGCGUUGAGUCGCGGAGCUAUGAUGCCAUCGCAGUUCGUCUCACCAUGCUGCUGCGCUUGUCAGCGAUCAACAGAUUCUGAGCUGUAGCGGCUUCCGCUGUGAGAUUCGCGUUUUCCCCCUGAAGUAUUAUAUACCUGCUUACGGAAAGGCAGAAAGUUAAAAGCUUUCACUCUGAUUCCUGUACAUGCUGCAUAUCUGGGAGGAAAUUUUACCAUCAGUUCAUACCAUGUGGUGGUAUCUACUUUAAUCAAGCUUGACAUGACUUUGGAAUCACAAAUAUAUUUUUUAAGAAUGAAGAAUCAAGUAAAAUGAAUAUGUUGUCAUCAUGUUUUUAGGCUCCAUUUACUUUCUUCACCUCCUGAAGGGCAGUACUGGUCACUGCAAGAACCACUCUAAAUAUUCUGUAUCUGCAGUCUUAAGAUCUUGUAGUCAAACAAAGCUACAGGCAUUUUUCUUUGCAAAGUACCUGAGAAAUCCCUGUGUUGUUCCUCAUUCCCAUGGAGCCAUUCGGUCAUGGAGGUUCUUUUCCUGUAAGGAUCUUCUAGAGUCAGAGCAGGAGAACUGGAGAGCUUGUUCAGCAAAAUAUAUGGCUAUGACAAAGAGGAUCAAACGAAGAUUAGAAGCUCAUUAUGACAAGUAUUCAUCCAGUCUGAGCAGCCCAGUGAUGAGGUUUGGAGAGUAUGUUUACUUUGAAGAAAAUGGCUGCAUAUUUCGUUCGAAGCUGGGAGAAGUAGAUGAAGGAAACAAUGAAAUAUUGCUUAGUACAGAAGCACUACCGUUUCAUAAUUCCCUUAUCCAGCGCAUCCGAAUUUGCCCACAUCACAGAUAUAUGGCUGCUGCGAUUAAAUGUGCACAUUCUGAAGAGUCUGCGUGUAUUGUUGUGAAAUUAGACACAUUACCAAAAGUGGAGUGUAUCAUCCCAAAUGUCUUUAGUUUUGAAUGGGCUGCACAUGAGAUUCUCUUCUAUACCACCCAGAAGAACCUACAGUGUCGUCAUGUGUAUUUAUGCGAUUUUAAUAAAAAACAUUCUGAGCUUGUUUAUACGGAACACGAUGCAAGAUAUUUUGUGGAUCUCUACCGCACAAAAGACAAACGCUUUCUGACUAUAAACAGUAACAGCAAGAAUGCCUCUGAAGUGUGGUUGGUUGAUUCCCACCACCCUUUUAAGUCUCCUGUUCUUGUGCAACAACGAACAGAAGGAGUCAUUUACCACGUUGAACACAGAAACAAUGAGUUGUACAUUCUUACUACAUAUGGAGACCCAGUGGGAUACAAGCUAAUGAAAGCUCCAGUUGACUCAUGUGGUUUGGAGAACUGGCUGUCCAUUUACACAGUGAAAGAAAAUACCAGAUUAAUUGACUUAGAGGUGUUCAAAGACUACUGUGUUGCAUUUCUGAAGUUCUGCGGUCAUCUGUAUUUAGAUAUUUUUUCUUUUGUGUCAAACUCAGUUCACAACGUUAAGCUACCUGCCUGGGCCUGUUCAUUUGAAUUGGAUCCUCAUCCUGAGUACACCGCCAGCACUUUCUACUUUUGGCUCCUCUCCCCAGUUCAACCUCCAAUACGUUUUGCAUAUUCAUUGAUGAAAAACAGCCUUACUGAGCACACUGAGGAAGAGGUGCCAGUUACAAUGAAUUGUCACACUGUACGAUUAGAAGCUAAAAGCAAGGAUGAAACUUGCGUGCCAAUUACAGUUUUUCACAAAGCCAAUUCUAAAGAGCUGCGCAGGAUGCCACUUCUGGUUCAUGUAUAUGGAGCUUAUGGCAUAGAUUUGAACAUGAGCUUUAAAGCAGAAAAUUUAAUGCUAAUCAAGGAUGGGUGGAUAUUAGCAUACUGUCAUGUUAGAGGUGGAGGAGAGUUAGGCCUGAGAUGGCAUAAAGAUGGCAGUACCACAAAGAAGCACAAUGGUAUUCAAGACCUCCAGGCCUGCAUAAAGUUGUUACAUGAACUGAGAUAUUCUCAGCCAGCGCUUACAGCACUGAUGAGUGUGAGUGCUGGAGGAGUUCUUGCAGGAGCUCUCUACAAUCAUGAUCCACACCUUAUCAGAGCUAUGGUUUUACAGGCCCCAUUCCUGGAUGUUUUAAAUACAAUGUUGGACCCUCAUCUUCCCCUAACUAUUGAAGAACAAGAAGAAUGGGGUAAUCCUUUAGUUGAUGAGACUUGCAAGCAGUAUAUCCAAAGCUACUGUCCCUAUCAGAAUAUUAGGCCACAGAAUUAUCCUUCUGCUUUCAUCACAGCCUCUGAAAACGAUCAACGCAUACCUCUGGCUGGGUUAUUAAGAUACAUCUGUAAACUUAGAAAAGCUGUACAAGCUUUCCAUGCCCAAGACAACUGCACAAAAGUGAAAGGACUUCAGAUGCCUAAUAUUCUCUUAGAUGUUCAGCCAGGAGGCAGUCAUUGUGCUCCAUCUUGGGAUGAUUCUUUAAAUCAGGUAUCUUCACUGUGCUCUUUUUUGCAAUCAACAAGAGAAACAGCACAGAUCAGUGUUAUACACUGCGGAGAUAAUUGCUCUCAUGUUGUGAGAUAAAAACCGAACCUUCAAGGGUCGUGAACGUUUGAGGAAUAAUAUGUAUGCGUGUACAGUGUUUGUGAUUACCCAAAUAACCAUCUCAAAUCUGCACACCACCACUUAUCUGCCUAGCACCAUCUCUCCUGUGAUAUCUACACACUGGGCCAGCCUUACCAUUAGACAGAAUGAAGCAACUGCUUCAGGUGGCAGAUGUUGUGGGGACAGCAAAAGCACCCCCAGCUGUUCCUCCUGAGCCUGCCAGCUAUUCCCCUUUGUUGCCAUAUGGCCUCUCCUUCAGUCCCUAAACUGGCCAGCUACCUUGGGUGCAUGGGGAAUGCUAUCCUAUCAUCAAUGUGGAAGUGAAAUUCAGUUGUCGGUCCAGGUGGUAAGGGAACAUCCUGUUGCAAUUCAUCUCAGGCAGCAAAAUAUAUUCGACUGGCCAUGUCUCCAUGCAUCGCCUCUCAUUCCUCUCCCUGGUGACUUACUGGGGG